GUGCCUGUCCUGGAGAAGGUGGGCCUGUGGACAUGCUGGGCCUCCCUGCUUGGCGCUCAGUGCCCUGCACCCUGCCGGGGAAGCAAACCUGAUCCUGAGUCUGCACCAGGGCCCCGGCCAGCUGGCUUUACCGCUUCCACCCAUCCGCUACCUGCCCUCAGAAGCCGUGGCCACCAGGAUCAGAGAGCUGCAGAGAGACAAGGAGGAAGCAGCUGUGCUGGGUGCAGUGAGAAGGCCCUUGGUGGCACCCAUGGCCAGCCAGGACACCACACUGGGCACAAGCCACCCAUUCUAUGAUGUGGCCAGACACGGCAUCCUGCAGGUGGCAGGGGACGACCACUCUGGAAGGCGCGUGAUCACAUUCAGCUGCUGCCGGCUGCCCCCCUCCCACGAGCUCGACCACCAGCGGCUGCUGGGGUAUCUGAAGUACACGCUGGACCAAUACGUGGAGAACGAUUACACCAUCGUCUACUUCCACUACGGGCUGAGCAGCCAGAACAAGCCGUCCCUGGCCUGGCUGCAGAGCGCGUACAAGGAGUUUGACAGGAGGUACAAGAAGAAUUUGAAGGCUCUCUAUGUCGUGCACCCCACAAACUUCAUCAAAGUCCUGUGGAACAUCUUUAAACCCCUCAUCAGUCACAAGUUUGGGAAAAAAGUCACCUAUUUCAACUACUUGAGUGAGCUCCGUGAACACCUCAAAUACGAGCAGCUGAUCAUCCCCCCAGAAGUUCUGCGGUACGAUGAGAAACUCCAGAACCUGCACCAGGGCCAGCCGCUUUCUGCCUCUAAGACGCCGCCACCACGGCCCCCUCUGCCCACCCAGCAAUUUGGUGUCAGUCUGCAAUACCUCAAAGACAAAAAUCAAGGCGAACUCAUCCCGCCUGUGCUGAGGUUCACAGUGACGUACCUGCAAGAGAAAGGACUCCGCACCGAGGGUCUGUUCCGGAGAUCAGCCAGCAUCCAGACCGUCCGCGCGAUCCGGAGGCUGUACAACCAAGGGAAGCCUGUGAACUUCGACAGCUAUGGGGACAUUCACGUCCCUGCCGUGAUCCUGAAGACCUUCCUGCGAGAGCUGCCCCAACCACUGCUGACCUUCGAGGCCUAUGAGCAGAUUCUCGGGAUCACUAGUGUGGAGAGCAGCCUGCGGGUGACCCGCUGCCGCCAGAUCCUGCAGAGCCUCCCGGAGCACAACUACGCCGUCCUCAGCUACCUCAUGGGCUUCCUGCACAUGGUGUCCCGGGAGAGCAUUUAUAACAAAAUGAACAGCUCCAACCUGGCCUGUGUCUUCGGGCUGAAUUUGAUCUGGCCGUCCCAGGGGGCGUCCUCCCUGAGUGCCCUUGUGCCCCUGAACCUGUUCACCGAACUGCUGAUCGAGUACUACGAGAAGGUCUUCAGCCCCCGGGGGGCACCAGGGUAGCACGAGCCAGGCGGCCCUGUGGGCAGAAGACGUGCCGCAGGCCUCCGCGUGCUGCCCCUGACAGCGACCAGCAGGCCACCCUCGUGCUGGAAACGUCCCACUAAAGUCUGUGCGUCUGUGCACUUGUGUGUUUUAUAAACUUGCCAUCUGUGAAAAUAACCAGGCAUUAAAUGAACUCAGAACUUUGUAGUGAAAA